AUGGAGGGGGAGGAGAUUGGCCUCGUCCUCGCCCGCGCUUCGGACCUCCGCUCCAGGAUAUCCGCCUGCGCCGCCGCCGCGGGGGCGGGGGCGCCGUGUCCGCGGCGGGACGCCGAGGAGGCGGUGAAGCGGCUGCGCGCGGCGGGGGGCGAUGAGGAGUCAGCCGAGGAGGGGGAAGAGGAGGAGGCGGAGGUGGAGAGCCUGGUCGGCAUCAGCGACGCGCUCGAGUCGCUCGAGCGGCAGCUCGCCGCCCUGCAGGACCUCCAGCACCAACAAAGAUACGAACGGGAAACCAUAUUGAGCCAGAUCGACCGAAGCCGGAGAUCCCUGCUAACCAAGCUCAAAGAAUACAAGGGGCAGGACUGCGAGGUAAUCCACGAGGCUGCUGCUUUUGCCGGUGAGAAAAUAGAGCAUGACGACGGUCUCAUCCUGCCUCCAUACUCGAACCACGUCACCAACUCGUUUGUGCUCGACGACCUGUACCCUCUGAACUACAUGUCCAAGUCCAAGCGCUUGCACAACGGACUGGACUCUGACAGAACGGCUCAAGACGGCACGAGAACAAACGGGCUGGCGAGCAGGAAUACUGAGACCUCGAAACGCAGCUUGGGAGGAGGGAUCGGGGCCUUCAUCGGAUGGGUGGCUAAGACGGCGGUCAUGGUCGUGGGCGCCGUGUCCAUCAUGAAGGCUGCUGGAUACGAGCCCGUGAUGGGGCGGAACAUUAUCAAUCUGGACAUCGCGGGUCUGUUUGGUGGUGGUGGUAAGCAGGCGAACGGCGGAGAGGAGCGGAGUGCUCCUCUGCGGUGCCCUCCUGGCAAAGUGAUGGUGCUCGAGAACGGCAGGGCGCACUGUGUCGUGAAGGAAAGAGUGGAGGUGCCUUUCGACGCUGUCCUGGCGCCACCAAGUUCAAGGUACGGUUUAGGCUGA